GGGCCUGUCCCGGAGGUGGCGGCGGCGCCAUCUUGGCGAAGGGGGGAUCAGGAAGUGCGGACCGCGGCGGCGGCGGAGCCCGGAGCGGAGGCCGGAGGCUCCCGGCCCGCCGGCCCCGGAGCGGAGCGGAGCGGAGGAUGCAGCAGCCGCAGCCGCAGGGGCAGCAGCAGCCGGGGCCGGGGCAGCAACUGGGGGUCCAGGGGGCGGCGCCGGGGGCCGGGGGCGGCCCGGGAGGGGGCCCGGGGCCAGGGCCCUGCCUGAGGCGGGAGCUGAAGCUGCUCGAGUCCAUCUUCCACCGCGGCCACGAGCGCUUCCGCAUUGCCAGCGCCUGCCUGGACGAGCUGAGCUGCGAGUUCCUGCUGGCCGGAGCCGGAGGGGCCGGGGCCGGGGCUGCGCCCGGACCCCAUCUCCCCUCCCGGGGAUCGGUGCCAGGGGACCCCGUUCGCAUCCACUGCAACAUCACGGAAUCAUACCCUGCUGUGCCCCCCAUCUGGUCGGUGGAGUCUGAUGACCCUAACUUGGCUGCUGUCUUGGAGAGGCUGGUGGACAUAAAGAAAGGGAAUACUUUGCUCUUGCAGCAUCUGAAGAGGAUCAUCUCUGACCUGUGUAAACUCUACAACCUCCCUCAGCAUCCUGAUGUGGAAAUGCUGGAUCAGCCCUUGCCAGCAGAGCAGUGCACGCAGGAAGAAGUGUCUUCAGAAGAUGAAGAUGAAGAGAUGCCUGAGGAUACAGAAGACCUAGAUCACUAUGAAAUGAAAGAGGAAGAACCAGCUGAGGGCAAGAAGUCUGAAGAUGAUGGCAUCGGAAAAGAAAACCUAGCCAUCCUAGAGAAAAUUAAAAAGAACCAGAGGCAAGAUUACUUAAAUGGUGCAGUGUCUGGCUCGGUGCAGGCCACUGACCGGCUGAUGAAGGAGCUCAGGGAUAUAUACCGAUCACAGAGUUUCAAAGGCGGAAACUAUGCAGUCGAACUCGUGAAUGACAGUCUCUAUGACUGGAAUGUCAAACUCCUCAAAGUUGACCAGGACAGCGCUUUGCACAAUGAUCUUCAGAUCCUAAAGGAGAAGGAAGGAGCAGACUUCAUCCUACUUAACUUCUCCUUUAAAGAUAACUUCCCCUUUGACCCACCGUUCGUCAGGGUUGUGUCUCCAGUCCUCUCUGGAGGGUAUGUUCUGGGUGGAGGUGCCAUCUGCAUGGAACUUCUUACCAAGCAGGGCUGGAGCAGUGCCUACUCCAUAGAGUCCGUGAUCAUGCAGAUCAGCGCCACGCUGGUGAAGGGGAAGGCACGGGUGCAGUUUGGAGCCAACAAAUCUCAGUAUAGCCUGACGAGAGCACAGCAGUCCUACAAGUCCUUGGUGCAGAUCCACGAAAAAAACGGCUGGUACACACCCCCGAAGGAAGAUGGCUAACCCUGGAGUAUCAUCCCCUUCCUCCUCCCCAGGCACCACUGGACCAAUUACCUUUGAAUGCUGUAUUUGGAUCUCACGCUGCCUCUGGUUUCCCCCCUCAUUUUUCCUGGACGUGAUAGCUCUGCCUAUUGCAGGACAAUGAUGGCUAUUCUAAACGCUAAGGAAAAACAACAACCCACAACACACACUGAACUGUUUCAAGUACUCAAGACUGACUACAGACCAACCACCUCGCUGGAACCCUUGCUAGCAGGCAUUCUUAUAAAGAAACUCUCAAGCCUCCUUAUAUUGCUGGAAACUCAGCUGUGCUCCAGACUAGAGCCUCCUUACCUAUGCUAUGGGUUUUUAAUUUAUUUUCUCUUAUUUCAUGUACACUGCUUUUUUUGGUUACAGUGUAUGAUGGAUGUGUAUGAAAAAAUGUAUCUUUGGGAAAACAAUUACAGUUUGUUAAUUUGAAGAUGCUGGUCUUGACUCAUCUUUAUUUUUAUUCCCAUAUCCCCUGACUGCUGGGUGGGGGGAGGGGUGCCAGGCCCACCAUGCUUUGGUAGCAAGGAGAAGCUGCAGAGAGGCUGCGAUUUGCUGCUAGCACAAGAGAAAUGCCAAGCUGAAGCACUUGCCUGAUCUGACCCUAGAUUGCUCCUGAAGAGCCUCUGGAGCAACCAGCACCUAUACUUCUUGGAACAGUCUGGCCUGCUGAACUACGCUGCAGAGGCCCAGAAACAUCCUGAUUAUUAGUACCUCUUUGUACUAAUCUCCAUUUUUGAAAUUUCCAAGAAAAAGAUGAGACUUGAGUAGCUGCUUCAUAAACUACUUUUAAGUUGAGUGGGGUGGUGCCCUGGCUCCUGGAUGCAUGAGGUUUUCUCUAAUCCCAAGCAACAGGCUGAGCAGCUGUAUCUCAUUGGUUCCCUGCCUUCCUGUCCUCUCACCUCUCAUCUGCUUUAUUAGAUUAUCUAAGAAAAGACGAACUUUGGAUUCUUUCUAGCCAUUCCCAAGUCGUGGGUCUACUGGAAACAGUAGCUCAAUGUGGUUGCAGUGUGUAGUGGGUCCUUGGCUCAGCCCCAGGAGCUGCACGGCAGGGGAGAAGUCUGCAGAGCCAGAGCUACCAUGUUGGACCUGCUAUAGUGAGACUGCACGUAGUCCACGGAGGCUGCACCGUCCUGUUUGAGCUUGCUGUGAGACCACCUGCCUGCAGACUGGAGGAAGACUGGAGUGACAGAGGCAAGGGGAAGCUAAGCAAAGUCCUGGAGCUUAGAAAACCCAGCCCUCGGACAUUUGCCUGGAUGUUUUCUAAUGCUUUUGAGAUGGGCAUUUUAGUUUGGCUAUCUUCCCUCCCCAUUUCUUUUAGGGAUUUGAAUGUCUUGCUGCUUAGGUGGAUGGAGAGUUCACCAGUCCUACUUGAUGCUGCUCUAAUUCUGCCUACACCCACCAGAUUAGGGGUGCUAAUACAUGGUGAGGUUGAGACACAGAGGAUUCAAGGGGAAUAAGUCAUUCCAUAGAACUGAAAUCUAUCUCAUAGCCUGUAAGGCUUCCUUCUGAACUUAACACCAGCCGGGGGCUGGCAUGUAGAUUGUGUUUUUAGUAACGUGUAUUGUGAGCUGUCCUCUGUAUAAUGUAUUUUGUAAUGUAUUUUUCUCAUCUACCAAAGGAUGAAUCAAAUAAAAUUAUUUAAAUAGU